AUGCGCAUUGCACUCAGCACUAGCCACAACAGCAUCAACAAUGCUUCCAACUAUAGCCACGUUUCCAUCGAAGAUCCGCAGCAAUCCCAGUACCAAGGACCAGGAUCCAGCUUCACCAACAUUGGUCCUAUUGCCAACAACAAUCGGAAGCUCGACGAGGUGAACUUGGAAUGCAAUGCAACACGAGGCAGGAACAUGACCAUUACUGCACCUCCACUCACCGUUACCAGUGUAGGGCCCGGCAGCGUCACUACCGCAACUGUUUCUGGCCCAGGCUCUACGGCGACCCUCACUUCGACUAUCUACGCCACUAAAACCGCGUAUGCCACCACGACCGCGUAUGCUACGACGACAGCAUACGCUACCACAACUGCGUAUGUUCCAACAACCGCAUAUGCUACGACGACAGCAUACGCUACCACAACUGCGUAUGUUCCAACAACCGCAUAUGCUACGACGACCGUGUAUGCUACUAAAACUGCGUACGCUACCACAACCGCAUACGCUACGACGACUGCAUAUGCUAUGACGACCGCCUAUGCUAUGACGACCGCCUAUGUUCCAACAACCGCGUACGCCACAACGACCGCAUAUGCUACAACUACCGUCUACGCUACUAAAACUGCGUACGCCACCACAACUACAUACGCUACGACGACCGCAUAUGCCACGACGACCGCGUACGCCACGACGACCGUGUACGCCACGACCACCGCGUACGCCACGACGACCGCGUACGCAACCACUACGGCCUACGCCACCACGACCACCACGCUUCCAGCUGCAACAGUAACGAAAGUCACCACCUUGGCGCCCUCAACUAUCUACACAACCACCACACUUUAUGUCACCACAACAGCGACACUCCCAGCUUCCACAGUGACAAAACUCACAACUACUACUCUAUACUCGACAGCGUACUCGACACUGGCACCUUCAACGACGACUCUCUACUCGACGGCCUAUUCCACGGCUUAUACCACAAUCUAUUCGACAGCGGUCAGCACCAUCACAUCAACUUCAGUCUCCACCGUAGUCAGUACCAGCGUCUCAGUCUCUACUACCACGGCUGCUUGCACCGGGUGGUCUGAUCAUAGUGGGAAGGGUCGCUGGUUCUAG